GGUCCAUGAUGACGCUGUGGAUGCGGAGAGAGCGGCGGACUUUUUUUAAACUGCUGCACGUUUAAUAGAGAUCGCGCGGGAGAGCUUGUUGUCGUCAUUGUCGUCGUCGUCGUUGUUGUUGCUGCUGCAUUUAUUUUAUUGCCGCUUGAUCUUUUGAGGGAUGGGUCGUUAAUGCGGAUGGGACAAGUGCGGAUCUUUGAAUUGGGGAUUAUCGAGACGAUAUCGCGGAAUCGCGAUACCGUGUGAGGAAUAAUUACAUGAUGUGUCAUUAUUGAAACGAUAUUGAGAGUGUAUUUGAUUUUUACGGAGAAUUUUCUAUAAAGUUUGUUGAAAUAUUCCUAUUGAAUCGCAAUUAUUUACACACAUGUAUACACACAUAUACUCGAUAAAAUUACAGAAUUACUGCGCGAUUAUACCGCGGGCUUAUUACGUAAAAAUUGCAGAAUUGUCGAAGCUCUCGGAUUUGAGAAACUAAAAUAUGAAUUCAAAAGUUUAAAAGGUUUUCAGAGCAAUUUAGAUCUGUAAGAUUAUGUGAGAGUCGCAUAAAAUCCAUCUUCGUGCCCGAAUCUUUCCGCUCGAAAUUCUGUCAUUAAGAAGGAGGAAAAUAACACCAACGUUAGAGGUAGACCAUACGAGGAGGGUGAUAUCGUUUUCAAUCUAAGAUUAAAAUCAAAGGGGAAGAGGAGAAGAGAAACAUCCGAAUGCCAAUAAGUAGCGAUAAUCAGGACGCGUCGUUUCACCGCGAGAAAAUUGAAAAUCGGGAAUGAACCCAACCAAUAAUCUCGCUGUUCACGCUAAACCGCGCGCAUUCUUUCAUUCUCGUUCGUAGAAGCCCCUUUUCAUUUCCUCGUGAAGCAAUGCAUGAUUGGUACCGCGGUUAUUAAAAUAAGCUGUUUCGAAGCUGCUCUCUCUCCCCUUCACUGCCUCCCCGAUAAUCUGUUAUCAAUUGCACUACGUUGAAAAUUAGAUUCUUUGUGAUGUAAAUUAACUUAUAUAAAAUUGUACGUUCUUAUUGUGGAAACGUUAAAAUGUACUUUUGCCGCUUUAAAUGGGUCCACAAAUCGGAGAUUCGCAACGAGGCGAGGAGAGAUGAAACAAGGAUAUCCCUGAGGAUAGCGCGAUGUUUAUCCGUCCAGGAAGCGAAACUUUCGUCCACACAAAUGCGGCCGCACGUGCGGCUUCGCAUAGGGGCGGCGCAGCGCCGCAUGAGAAAGAGAGGGUGGCGGAGGGUGGAGAGACAUCUCCGGGAGAAGGGAGCAUCCCCCUACCUUGGUCCUUCACCCUAGCCAGCACGAGGUGAGAGAAUGGAGGACAGCCAGGUGAUUCAGACGCGCGUGCCACCCUGCAGAGACCGACGUUCUCCAGCUCGCGAAUCCGCGUUGUGAUUCUUCGUCUCGAGAACACAGCUCGCACACAGCUCGAGCUUCAUCCCGGUGCUCCUGCGAGGAUAACUCCGUCUUGUGUCCUGAAUCGAAAAGUUGUGCUCCCGUGUGAUAAAUAUUGAGAGUUAAUUCGGCAACGAUGUCGGGUGAAGAAUGAGAUUCUGUGGAGAAAGCGAGUCGAGAUAGUUCAUGAAACACGUAAGAAUCCCGGAAAAUAAGGACUCGAGGAUAAAUGGGCUAAAUUUAAGGAGCCCCCGACAACUUCGAUUCCUGAAACUGCGAGACUCCGACUUGUGAACGUAGGAAGAGUCUGUAAUUCCGAUUUUCGGGAAAUGUAAGCUUUGUAUCCUUCGAGUUUCGAGUCCUUGAAACAUUGGAUACUUGGGACUUUUCAGGCGCUUAAUUAAAGUUGAAAAUAUUUGGAUGUGGGAAAUUCUGAACGCAGCGCGUUCCGGCGCGCGCUCGGAAUAACAUUCCACGUUUGUGCAUUCGAGAUUCAUUCCUCUUCACUCGGAAGAAAUAUUUCACGUCCGAGGAUCCACUGGUUCAUUUCUCGUGGAAGAGUUAGUCCGAAAGAACUUUCGCAACUCUUUCUCUUCAAUCGGAGAAAGAGAUUCUAUGUCGGAGGACUUUACCCGUACCUCUUUGAUUGGAGAAAACAUUCUGCAGCCGAUAAUUUCUCGCGACAACUUCAUCUUCAUUCGAGAGAAUCGUUCUACGUACGACGGAACCUGUUAGAUCCAUGGACCAUCUGAUCUAGACGUCAUCUUGUUAAAUGUCUGCGAAGAAGACGAGAAGGCCGUCGUCGCCGCGACGCUUCUUCGCGCGGCUGUACGGUCACUUAGAAGCGAGCAAGAAGACGAAAGACAACGAAGACGAGGAUCGCGUGAGGGAGAGUCUAGACUCGUCGCCAGAAAUCACGGAAGAAGCCCCGCACGUGCUUCCUGGCGCGCCUGGCACGCAUGAAACAUUACAUGCAUCGCACUCCAAGGACCUCGAGGAGACGUCGGGGGAUGUCGCGAGGGGUAAAGUAUCCGAGGAGAAGGGAGUGGAGAAGAAUUCAGUACUCGCGGGUAUAAGGCUGCCCUUCCUGCACGGAUUUUUCCCGAGGCCACCCGGUCACCCUUUGCACCUGACGCAGCUCGCACAUCCGCCCGCGCUGCCGCCGCAUCUUCACGGCCUGCCAAGCCAUCAUCCCAUGGCCGAGCACCACUUCCAAGGAUUCUCAGCUUUCCUAGCGCGCAGAAGAAGAAAAGAGGGUCGACCACGAAGGCAGAGGACGACGUUCAGCGGCGAGCAAACCCUGAGGUUGGAAGUCGAGUACCGGCGCGGAGAGUACAUCUCGAGAGGCCGCAGGUUCGAGCUCGCAGCUUCCCUGAGGCUCACCGAGACGCAAAUCAAGAUCUGGUUCCAGAACAGGCGCGCCAAGGACAAGAGGAUCGAGAAGGCACAGCUGGAUCAGCAAUAUCGAAACUUUGCCGUCUCGAAUGGCUUGGUGAACUUGCCGCUUUACAACACGACAGGAUUCUGCGGCCUCUGCCUGUACAAGGAUACCUACGGUUUGGCAACCAACCACUCCUGCGUCUCCGGCAACCCCAUCGUCGCCGACCCGUCCUUGAAGGAUCAACCACACUACAGCAGCAGCGGAAGCGAAACAUCGGACAAUCCGCCGAACCUCGUGUCCACGAUUAUGCCGAGUAUAUAAAAUCGAUCCGAUAAAUAGUUAAAUAAAGUAACAAAUAUCGUAAUUGCGAAGUCGCAUGUAUUUCGGGAAUUUGG